AUGAACUCGGUGUGGGCGGUGGUGGUGGUGGUGGGGGCGAUGGCGAUGGUGGUGCUGGUGGUGCAGCGAUUCGGCCUGGUGCAAUGCCGGAGGAAGAGGCUGGGGAACAAGAGCGAAGCUCCAGGGAUCCGCGUAGAGAAAGAGACGCAAGAGGAGUGGAGUAGCUUAUCCGAGGAGGGCAUGUCGGGUGUCGAGAAGGAGAAGGAGAAGGAGGAGAAGACAGACAUGGAGGUAGACGAAGGGGCUUCUGAAUCCUCGCUGGUAGAACGACAGGAGCAGAGAUUCACCAGGUUCCUUCCAGAGCGAACAAGAGAAGCCAAGUUGGAGGAUGAGUUGACGUUGGCUGGAGUUGAGUUCUGUGACGACAGCGUGGAUCGAGGCAACGGGGCUCCGAAUGGGAUCCAUGAAGAUGAAGAUGACGUGGACGCCAACAUGGUGGAGGAGGCAGACAAGGAUGUUGACAUGCCCGAAGCUUUUCAUUUGCCUCUGCAGCUCCGCGGCUUUGGCAGCGACGUUGUGGUUUACCCCGGCUCUAUCACUCACCUUCGGCCGCAAGGAUUGAGGCAGCACUCCAAGAAGGAGGACCCGCGGCAUGACAGGGAGAGGCAGAGAGGGAGGUCUAGACGGAAGCAUCGCCCCUCAUCCACUUCACAAGAGACGGAGACUGUCCCACCAGACACGAGCCAACACCAGCUCUCGUACCUCUCGCGCGAGGAGGAGGAGGAGUUCAUGCAGUGGAAGCGAGAGAGGGGCAGCAGCGCUCGUCCCUCCAGUCCUACGCGAGCAAUCCCUUCCUUCAACGCGCAUGUGUUCAACAAGUUCAUGCGGCACCAGCUCGACAAGGGAAGGACCAGGGGGACAAUCUCACGCACUGAGGCUCGAACGCCUCGCGAGCAAGCGGCAGCGAAAGAAAAGCAGGGUCCAGCUGAAACUCGCCAGGAGGAGCAGAAGGUGCACAUGUCCAGCAGCGUCAACACAGCAUCGGACGUUGUGCCUGCCGUGCUGGUGAUCGACAUGAAGAAGAAGCUGCGAGGCCUCGCGGCUCCUCCUACCCGGAGAUCCGCCAACGCCUCUCCUUCCCGCCUGUCUCACGCGGACGAGACUUGCAGCCCAAAGUUUCUGGCUGUGGUGGACGACUGCCUGCGCAUGAAGGCGAAGAAGAGCUUCUCCAGGGCAGAGGCCCUACGUCUGCGAGGAGACUCGCUAGCGGAAAUUUCUUUGAGCUUCAGGGACUAA